GUAUUUUGUGCUCUCAGGGGAAGAACCAGACCUCAACCCGACAUUUGACAUCGCCUUGCUACAAGAACAAAAUCAGGAUGACAGAGCCGAAGAAUACCGCGAGCCAGCGCUUGACGCAAAUCAAGGACUUCUUGACGAUGAACAAGACUGCAACAACAAUUCCUUGGGAUCCGAAUAGCACCAUCUUUCCCACGCGGAAAGAGCUUCCCAACAUUCCAGGCGCACCUGCAGAGGCGGCUUGGGUCUGGGGCGAAAAUGACUACAUCGGCCGUCUGAACUUGCUUACGCCUACUCGUGUGGCUGCGGCAGCCAAAGAGAUUAGGUCCGGCGAGAUUGUGCCCGUGAAUCUUCCUCUCAAUGUUCCCAAUCAGCCAGCAUUUGGACGCGAGACGUUCAAACAUGAGAUUAAGACCCUAGCUGAAGGCGUUGUAUAUGACGAUCUGUACUCUCUGAACACGCAGAGUGGAACUCAGUGGGAUGGAUUCCGACAUUUUGCUCACAUACCAAGUGGAUCUUUCUACAAUGGCACUAAAGGCAGCGACAUCACUGGCCCCACUGCAAACCACAAAUGCUCGAUUCACCACUGGGCUGAACAUGGGAUCGCUGGACGAGGUGUCUUGCUUGACUACAGAGGCUACGCUCACAAGAAAGGCAUUAACUACGACCCAUUUGACUAUUAUCCUAUUUCUUGGGAGGAGCUGUACCAAUGCGGUAAGGAUCAAGGUAUCGACAUCCGGCCUGCGGCUCAAGGUGGCGACAUUAAACCCGGUGACAUGUUGUUCAUCAGGAGCGGGUGGAAAGAGGCAUACGAUGGUAAGAGUGAUGAAGAUAGGUCAAAGGCUGCCCUCAGACACGGCACAGGGAAGGAUGGUGAAGACGGGCUCAGGUAUGCUGGACUGAGUCAAGAGCAGAAAAUUCUUGAUUGGUUGCAUGACAGUUACUUCGCUUCGGUAGCAGGCGAUGCUCCUGCAUUUGAAGCGUGGCCUACGCAUGAAGAUUAUCACCUCCAUGAGUACAUCCUUUCACUGUGGGGUAUGCCUCUGGGUGAGAUGCUUGAUCUUGAGAAGCUGGCGCAAACAUGUCACGAGAAGAACAGGUGGUUCUUUUUCUUCUCUUCAGCGCCGGCAAACUGUCCCGGUGGUGUGGGCUCACAUGUAAACGGCACCGCAAUCUUCUGAGAAGAGGCAAAGCAAGUAAACAGGUCUAUCUGAUUCUUCAAUCAAGCAACAGCCACUCGGUCAAACCAUCAUCGCUCUAGCUCUCUAAUCUCAAAUAACAACCGUUCAACCCAACUUCAUGCACUGGCGCAACUGUUCCCCAACAUUUCUUCGGGGUGAGAAGCAGUUUUCAAGCUUCCAACACGUGACUCCGGAAAUGCACCAGGGCAUGUCGUACACUUAUUGAAAUCGAACUCCGAAC